CUACGUCCCAGUGAAAAGUGUAAAAGUUCAAUUAAGUAAAAUUAAUUAUCAUUACUUAUAUGUCAUUUGGAAAUGUUUUGUCGUUGCAUUAUUUUAAAGUACUUAAUUAAGGGUUUUUCAUAUCACCCUAUCUCCUGAGCUUGAACCAGUCUAAUUUUUCGGAACAUUCCACAUUCCCUUAUUAUCGCGAAGCACACAAUCUUUGCCGACAAUCACGUGACCUAACUUUUGGCUCCUAUUUAUUUCUUUGUUUAAAUUUGAUAGCGAAGCACUUGCUCCCACCUUAAAACACAAGCGGAUGAAAAGUACGUUUUGCAUGCAUCCUUUUCUUGACAACAAAAUUCCUUUACUUUCAAAUUAUUGAUAAAGACACCUGAUUUACAGCUUGAACAAGUUAGAACGGGUUCACCCUAAUAACGCUGCGUUAUCGCCCAUUUAAACUCAGUUGAGAUGAACAAUUUCGAAAGACCCGAGGAAAAUGAGAAGGAAGGGGUAUCAUACAUGUCUUCUACUUUGCAAACAGAUACAAGCUUAGCAAGUUUAUACUCUAUUGACGCGCUGAAUCUUAGCAUCAGCAGCGGAACAAUUAAAGCGGAGAAUCGCUCUCUAAAAUCUCAUGUCAGGGAUUUACAAGAGGAAAUUGCUAAUUUACAUCAAAAAGUUACGACAUGGCGUAAGAAAUGUAACGAUCUGGAAAGAGAAAGAGUAGAUACAUUUUCUAAGAAUAAUGAAGAGUUGGGGGAUGCUUUAAAUGACGUUGCAAAGAUUCGGGCACAGCUUGAAAAAAGCGAAGCAACCAGACAGAGCUCUGAAUAUGAAAUGACCAAGCUGAUGAGAGAUUUAAACAAUGAAAAGAGAGCUAACGUUGAUAAGGAAAAAGUUCUAACAGAACUUAAUGAGAAUAUGCAAAAGAGAAUGACAGAUAUGUCAACAGAGAUAGAGAAACUAUAUGGGGAUCUUAACAAUAGUAAAGGAGAAGCGAGAAAAGAGGCAGAACGACACAUGAAAGCUCUAAAAGAUCAAGAAGCUAGAUUGUCCGAUUUGGUAUCAACAAACUCAAAGCUUGAAAGGGAGAGAGAUAAGUUAAAAGUCGAGUUCGAAGACAGAGAUUCGCAAGUCAAAAUUUUAAGUGAACGAUUGAAAGGAAUUCAAAUAGAAAAGAAACAGCAAGCUGACGUUAUUCGCGAUAAUUUUGAAGAAUUGAAUCACAUUCGCGAAAAAGAACAAAAUAUGAUUGUUCAAUAUGAUAUAUCUCAGGAGAGAGUUAAACACCUGGAAGAUCAGUUGGAAUCUGAAAGAGCUGCCCACUUGGAAAGUAAAUUUAAUGCAGAAGUUCUUCAAUUGAAGAUUAAAGAUCUAACCGGAAGUAUGGAAGUUGAAAGAACAUCGAAAAUAGAAUCCAUAGAAACCACUGAUAAACUGAAUAAGCAAUUACUAAAUAUUCAAAGCCAAUUCGAGGAGGAAAAACAAACGUCUCACGAUAUUCGCCACAAAUAUAAUCAACUUCAAGCAGAUUUUAAAACGCUGAAGAAACAACUAAAGGAGGAGCAUGGAGAGAAAAAAUCAGUUAUGACCAAACUUUGUGGUCAAUUAGAAUUACAUCAAACUCAUAUAGACCAAUUAAAAAAAGAAUUAAAUGAGGCCAAACAAACUCAAACUGAUCUGAAGCGAAAUUAUGAAUCGAAUAUAGCAGAAAUUGAAGGCUUACUGAAUGGUUAUCAGCUUCAAGAUUCUCAAAGGAGAAAGGUUUUAAAAAAUAGCGUCACUUAUUCUGGAUCUAACUGCGUCAAUGGCGUCCGUAAAGUGCUACAGGAGUAUAAAAAGAAAGUAAAAGAGCUAAGUGAAGAGAGUUCAGCUGCUAAAGAGAAUAUUAGUAAAGAAAAGAGGGAAAAAGAACAUUUUAAACAGCUUUACCAUGCAAAAGAGAGAUCCCUAGAGAAUACAAAGCAGGCUCAAGUAGCUGCUAGUAAAGAGCUUAAAAAAUGUAAAACGGAUUACACAGACAAGGAAACCUUUUUGGCUAAAUUAAGAACGGAUUUAAAAUCUGCCAAAAAUGGACUGUCUAAAGAAAGAGAGCAGAGAGAAAGCUUACUAAGUGAAUUCAAAAAACUUCAGGAAAAAUUGAAAAAUGACGAAGAAUCAAGAACGAAUUAUAUACACUGCGUUUAUCAUCAAUUAAAAAAUGGUAAAUUUGUCGGAAAACAACCAAAUGGAAGUUUAACGUGGUCUCAAGUCGUCGUUCUUUUGAAUGAACAAGUUGCCGUUGUAAUUCAAACUCUUUCUGAGGCAGAUGAAAAACUACGAGAAUUACAAGAAAUUGUCGAGAGACAGUCUCGAGCAAUAAAAGAAAUAGACGAAAACAGAAUUAAGGAAAUAGAAUCUCUUAAGAAUGUUAAUGACGAACGAUCAAAACUCUGGGAAGAACAGAAAAAUGCCCUAGAAACCCAUUAUAAACAAGUCCUUAAACAAGUCGAAACUCAGCAAAAGCAAACCAAAGCAUUAGCCGAUCAAGCUCUAAAUAGAGUUAAAUCAAGCGGUAAUGUGCGCGCCUCACUUCAAGAGGAAAAUGAACAAUUACGAAGCUCUGUUCAAGCUUUUGCUCAGCAGCAAAACUCUUUACAAUUAGCUGUAACAAUGCUUUCAGGAGCAUUGAUGCCACUCCAUAAUCGAACUGUAAAUUUAAUUAAUCAGCGUCGUUUGAUCCUGAAAGAAAAUAAGGCACUGACAAAUUUUAAAACCGACGUACAAGCUUUGAUAUCAGCACUAAAUUUCGAACAAGAUCAUCCAAAACUAAAAUCUAAAUGCACAACUUCUCCUUUAUUAAAAUUUAGAUCGAUUGUUAUUUGUGUAAUAGCAUCAAACCGAUUGAAUACUCUUCUAGCACAACGCUCUACCUUUAUCGUGGUUGACGACGCAGUUUCCGGUUUAAAAAGAGUUUGCGUUCAACAAACUAACAAUAAUGAACAAUCCAAUUUCAAAAAUCAAGCUCUGAUAUCAGAUGUUGCAUCUAGUAUGGUAGAUUUACAAAUCGUACUUUCUCAAAAACAACUAGAAGAUAGAAAAUUGAUUGAAAACUCGUCCAGAAACAGUUUCAUGAAAAUGUUAACUUCGCUUUCAAAUUAUUAUAAUCAUGUAGAUAAUGACUUUAGUAAAGAUUCCCUUAUUAGUCAACUGGGAAAAGGGUUAGCAAAUGCUCAAAGACGUACAACUUAUAGAGAUUCAACAAUUCAAGCAGUCCAAGUUGGCCUUCAACAGCAAUUGCUUAAUUUUACAAAGAAACUACAUGCUUCAGAGUUGCACAGGAGAGAUUUACAUUCUGAACUUUUACAACUGAAAGCCGACAGUGAGGACAAUGAACGAAAAGAUGCUGAUCUAUCGCAAUUAAAAUCUGAAGUAAAUGAUUUAAUUCAACAAGCUGGAAAUAUGGUGUCAAAACAACAAUUAGAAUCAGUCUGUGAUGAAUUAGCUUCUGCUCUGAAGAGAGAAGAGAAGGCUCAGAAAUUAUUGAAAGAGCAAACAAGCCAAUUGGAAGAAUUGAGGAGACAAGCCAUUAAAGACGCGAGUAUCGCUCAAGAGAACAAUUUCUUAAAGACCAAACUUAAGAAGCAAACAGACAGAGGCGAUAACUUGGAGCGUCAGACAAGGAAAUUUGAUAAGGAUCAUAUUCGUCUUCAACAAAAAAUUGACGAUGCCGAGAAAUCUUUAAGAACUGCUUCAAAAGAUAAACAAAUUUUAAAGGCGUAUAUGAAAAAUGUUGAAAUUGCAUUAGAUAAGAUUAUGCAACAAGGAAUGUAUGAUACUACAACUGUGGAUUUAACACCUCUUCUAUCUGCUGAUCUUGUGCCAUCCGUCCCAAAACCUGGUGCAGACUUAGCUCAAUGCCAGCUACUUGUAGCGACAUUUGUUGACGCUUACCAAAGAAUUAAUCAGCGUAUAUAUCAAUCUCAUGAAGAAUUAUUAAAUUGUCAGGAGGAAGUGACAAGACUUAAGAAAAAUAUAUCUCAAAUGAAAAGGCCUAGCUUGGAUCAAAUUAGAAAACCAGAAUAUCACUUCCAACCCUUGAUUAUUGAUGAGGGAUCUCCCAUUAUAGCUGGGUCUCUUGGUCCUGACGGAGAUGGAUAUCAAACACCAAAAGUUAGGGGUGAGCAAGUCCUGAAGAGUCAAGCUGAGAGCGAUGCAGCGUAACUUUUACUAAAUUUUACACAUGUUAAUUUUAAGUCUGUGAUAUGAGAGCACUUUUUUUUUUAAUUAGUGAAUUAGUUGAUUUAAGAUGAAAA